UUGGAGUCCGUUGCAAUUUUAAUGAACUAGGCCUAUGCAGCAGCUAUUCCGGAGGUCACCUGCUGCUGCUCGACAUUUAUGUCAAAAGAUGGACAAACUGGACGAGGUUGCAAUCGCCACACUCAGAGCUGCUAAUAUUGGAGAAGACUUACUCCCCUCGCUUUCCCGAGACGACAUCAAAGACCUCUUUCCUGGUCCUGAAAAUUUCUUGAGGCGGCGGGCUAUAUGGCUUUUUUGUAAAUAAAGAUGAAAAGGUCAGGUUUGUCUUUCACAGUGCAACACAACUGUUUAACAGUACAACAUUUUUCCAAUAUCACAGUUUAAAUCUGGUUCAUAUACAUAAAUAUGUCAUUAGUUUAGACAUGUCUGCUUUGAGUCCAUUUCAACAGUGGAUAUUAAAUAAAAAUGUUUUUUUAAUCCCCCAAAUUAUAAUGCUUAAACUAACAAGUAAGAACAUACUAUGACAAAGUUACACAAUAAAUGUUUGUAAAUGUGUUUUAGGUGGAUACUGCUCCCGAAAUUCAGCAAUCACCCCCCACUGGAGGCAGUGACUUUUCAAAAGAGGAGGCCAAUACUUCUAAAUGUGUGACUAUGUCAAACCCAGAAUACAUAGUCUUCACAGACAGUGAGCUUGAACAGGUGCGACGCUCCUACUUUGAACAGAAACGGCUGGGGACCGAGCACAAUGUGACCCUAUCCAAGGAGCUCUUCUGCCGACUCAUAAGAAACACUAUGACUAACAUGAUCUCCAUCGCAAGAGCCACAGAGGACUCCAGAUACCCCACCAAACAUGAGGUGAAUGCCAUGGCAAAGCGACUGGUGGAUUACUAUCCAAUGAUAAAAGACGGGUCAUCAAACAAUGAGUGGGAGCAUGUUGCCAAAAAGCUCAUGAAGAGACUCUCAAAUGUCAGAAGUCCAAAGAAGGCCAAAGGUCCUCCUUCCAAGAAACCACGACAAGAAGUCAGUUCAGAUGUUGCAACUACUGACUAUGACGAAGAUUCCAGUACAUCCACCAUUAUUCUGGAAUGGUCACCUGUUAGUCCCAUGGGCAUCCCAGUAGAUCUGUCACCUAGAACCAGCACCCCAGCGCAGAACAACAAUGGUGAAGAAUCUUGUUCAGUUGACAUCAUGGACAGCCAGAAAAUCCAAGCAAGACACUACAAGACCCUCCAAGAAAUGUACACGUCCAAAAAGCCAAACAAAGCUGCGGUAACUCAUUUGCUGAACAUGGAAUUUGAGUCUCGAAGACGCUUCAUCACCUCUGAUGUUUUAAAGGAGCAAGACAGAGCAACAAAGAUUCUAGAGGCUUACCCUUGUUUCAGAGAACUGGAUCAUGUGUUGGAUGAGCUGCAGCGAAUCAUCCAACCGACCAACUCCCAGUCCUAGCGACUUCCGAGGAUCCUAAUGGUUUCAUGCAGCAGCGACCCCUGUCUUCUCCGGUUCUGCUCGUUUCUGAGGACAACUGCAUGAUCGCCUUCGGAAAAACACCUGUGACCACCUUCACCAUGGACAGACUUAAUGAGGGACUUCUCUACGUCAUGGCAUAUUACUAUGCCCUGCACAUGACCUACCCCAAGUGCAUUUCUACACUACUGUCAGUACUGCAGACAGAGGUACUUCAAGAUUCAAUUCAUGAGCAGGAUUUGACCCCUCACUACACAAAAGCAAUGGGUGAGUGGAAGUCAUUCAGUGAGUGAGUCCCUUUGUCCAUCACUCUGCCCCACUCUUCCUGUUGCAAGACUUUCAAAGAAAGUUGAUGUUCUGUUUAAAAAAAAAAAGUUCAUCACAGUUAGGCACAUUUGUUGGUGAGAUUGAAAACCUUUCCUGUGGGAUAAUAUGCAACAUGGUGUUUAUUGCUGUAGUAUGCUGCUACAAUAACUGAUGGGUUUUUUUGAUAGUGGGGUUUAAAUCAAAACUGGCUUUUCAAUCUGUUAGAUUAUGAUAGCUCUGGAAUGUGGAAGUCGUCCUUUUUUGGAUGUUGAGUUAAGCAAUUGUAUUGCAAAGUUAAUAAAAAAAUAUUAAAUGAGAAAGUUUUGGUGUCUUGAUUUAAGACAACAUUACUUAUAUUUGUUAUGCUGUUUUAAGAAAUGAUGUCUUAUUUUAACUACUUUUAUGCUCAUUAUCAAUCCCAGAUUAAGGUGUCAAAUCUUGAAUUUAAUUUAGUCAAGAGACUUAAAUUCUAAUUUUAAGUAACUUACUAUUAAACUAGGGUUUUUUCAUUGCUUGUUUUAGAAGAAUUCGGCUUAAUUUAAGAUUUUGCCUUCCAGCACCUCUACAGCUCACUAGUUAACACUUUAUAUCUUAUUUGUUUAACCCUCUGGAGUCGAUGUUUUUCGUUGUUUAUGCAACGGUUAUAUUCAUAUCUUCGUGGUAAAACGGCACAGAAAUAUGAGCCAAGAGCUUGGACGUGACGUUUGUGUCGAGCUCCGCCCUUCAACAUAAUUUGUGGAAUCGUGUGUCCGUCAAUAUUUUGUGCGAAUGAAUUUUUAAUAAAUCAGCUUUAGGGCCAAAUUACCUCUUUACACUGUGCCUAAAGACAAUAUUGCUUCAUUAUAUAGAUAGCUGCAAUUUUUGAUUGUAUAACAUAUGUGUAUGUAUCAAAUGCAAGUGCCUUUUAAAAAGGUGAAUUUAAGAAAUUCAUAAAAGAGUACAUUUUAUUAGUUUGGAGUAAAGCCAGCCAGAAUCAGUAUUAAGUAUUGUAUGCUUAUACACAUAGUAUGGUAUGCAUUGUAUAAAUGUAUUCAGUGGACACCUCCAUUUUUACUUAUAAACUGUACACACAGAAUUUACUCUAAACCCUCAUUUGCAUAUUCCGGAACACGGUGAUGUCACAGACUGUGGCCUCAUGGAACCCUUCAUCAAAGGCACAGCCAUAGAACUCAGUGGCAGCUCCCCUAUAUAUACCUUAUUAAUAUUAUUAGUAUAUGAUAUUGCCUUACAGGAACAAGCACUAUCUUUGUUAGAAAAGUCUUCAGCAGUCUUCAGGUGUAAUGUCUAAAGUAUUAGGAAAGCUCUUCAAAGCUGAGGAGAAGGACGUCGUCCCUGGAGAAGGGAAUACAGCAGUAAUGCAAGAUGAGGAAAGCCCACAGAGGGGGGACAGCAGGAGACUGGACCCCAUCCUGGACCUCAUCCCCCGUAAAGAUGAGUUGACUUCCAGUUCAGAGGACAUUAGUGUCGUCCCUGGAGGACUAAAGAGGAAAAGAACAGAAGAUGGGGAAAUCCUACAAAGGGAGAAAAGCAGGAGACUGGACCCCAUCCUGGACCCCAUCCCGGACCCCAUCCCGGACCCCAUCCUGGACCUCAUCCUGGACCCCAUGCUAGACCCCAUCCUGGACCUCAUCCCCUGUGAAUAUGAGUUUCCGUCCACCUCAGAGGACAUUAGUGUCGUCCCUGGAGGACUAAAGAGGAAACGAACAGAAGAUGGGGAAAUCCUACAAAGGGAGAAAAGCAGGAGACUGGACCCCAUCCUGGACCCCAUGCUGGACCCCAUCCUCUGUAACGAUGAGUUGCCGUCCACCUCAGAGGACACUGAAAGCAGAAACCCACCCGAGGCGGCUCUGAGCGCGAGAAGCGCCGAUGAUGGACCGGUUCAGAAGGACGACCUAGUUCCAGACCCGUCAGCCAUGUUUAAGGCCAAGUACCAGCAGCAGGAGAAACUUGGCGAAGGAGGAUAUGGAUGCGUGUAUGCUGGCUAUCGCAGAGAGGAUAAUCUUCCUGUCGCCAUCAAGCAUAUUAUGAUAGACGAAGAGCUCCUCUUUCACGAAGACAGUGAUGGGCUCCAGAUCCCCAUGGAGGUCGCUGUCCUAAGGAAGCUAGAGGCCCAAUCAGAGCAGCAUUCAGCAUCCAUUGACCUACUGGACUGGUAUGUUGUGGACCAGGAGCUGAUCCUGGUGCUGGAGAGACCGAUGCCGGCCGUAGACCUCUUCGACUACAUUCAAGACAAAGGAGGCUACUUGAAGGAAAAGGAAGCUAAGAUUAUAAUGAAGCAGUUGGUGGAUGCAGCCAUUGACCUCCAGGAGAAGCACAUUUUCCACCGGGACAUCAAGACGGAAAAUCUCCUUAUUGAGACCGGCAUGAAGUUGCCACGAGUUCGCGUCAUCGACUUCGGUCUGAGCUGCUUCAGCGAAGAAGACGACGUCUAUAGCACCUUCUAUGGUACUGACGUCCCCCCAGAGUGGGCCAGUCGGCAGGAAUACAAAGCCGGACCCACGACAGUAUUCCAGAUAGGAAUGGUCCUGUUCUACAUGCGAAAAAAGGUGUCAUUUAGACCGGGGAUGACCUUUGUGAAGCUGAAUGAGACCAAGUGGCUUUCCAAAAAUGGCAAAGAUUUCUUUAAGGCGUGUAUAUGUGAGGACCCGGAUACUCGUUUCACCCUGGACCAGCUGAAGCAUCACCGGUGGCUGAGAUAGUAUCACACACACACACACACAUGCAUGUCAUAAUUUACAUUUAAUCCCUUUAGCCCUCCAUUUAUUUAUAUAUGGGCAGACUGGCCAGGAGCCGAGGCGCUGCCCAAACCGUGACAUUGUUCAAAAUCUGGCAUUUCCCUGUUGGACGGGAGAAACAUUACCUUAAAUACCAUAAUAGCGGCGGGCCUCAAAUAAUCUCUACUAUAAAGGGCCGGUCCCGUCAUUUCAAGUCAAGAUGACUAAAAAUAUCUGAUCAA